AUGGGCUUCAUCAACGGCGAACUCCUCUACAGCAUCUUCAACUCAAUCAACCCAUGGAAAAUAGCAACCUUCAUCCUGCUGGCGGUUAAUGUCAAAUGCCUGCCGCUAGUAUGGCAUUACCGCAUCUUCAGUCCGAUCGUGAGAGCCGCCUGGGCCAAAUUCCGUCGUCGCCCCGGGCCGAACUCAUGGAUCUCGAAUUCAAAGAUCCCUACCGUGUUCCUGCCCAUGGUCACCAGCACUUAUGCUCCCUUGCUGGAAUGCGACUAUAACCUCCACAAGUCCAACAAGGGGAACCGCGGCAUGGUUGCGUCGAUUAUUGGAGGCGUCACAACGAGCUUCAGGAAGGAGAUUCGGAUGUUCCAGCAGUAUGAGGUAUGGUCGCGCAUCCUCACGUGGGACCGGAAGUGGUUGUACAUCGUCACGCACUUCGUCCGGAAGGGUUCAGUGAAGCCGAAGGGAUAUGUGGCUGCCAGAGCUAAGGGGGAGGUGUUGGACAGCUCGAAUGGAGAAACGGGAUCGCACUCAGCUCAGCCCGUUAUCUUCGCUACGUCUGUAUCGAAAUAUGUGUUCAAGAAAGGAAGACUGACGAUCCCUCCGGAGCGGCUUCUGCAAGCCUCCGGUCUCCUGGAAGAGAGCGGUAACAGCGCUGAGAACAGAAUGCGCGACAAGGAUAUGGACGGCAUCGAUCACGAUGGCAAUUGCGCAGGUGGUCCGGGAGUUUCUGAAGCCAUCGAGAGGGAGCGUCUGAAAGGAAUGAAAUACGCUGACAGUUGGAUUCGACUGGACUCCCUCCACGAGCAGCUUCUCAAGGAAGACGAGGCCAAUGGCAAUUUGGUGGCCAUUGACCAUCACAGCGACAUUCCAGGCUGCGGCUUUUCAUUUCCCUAG